CGCCCAAAAAAAACAACGAAGAAGAAGAAGUAAACGUUAGCUGGGAGUGGUUAGGUUGUUAGCUUAGUUGCAAACAGUGUUUUGUGGAAGCAAAUAAUGGCUUCCUUCCGAAACUGGAGGCAGUUUAUCAGGCAGCGGCUGGCGGCUGCCGGGGAAGAAGUGCUUUCUGCGUGUGAAGACACGAUGGUUCAGUGUGAGGAGGAGAACCGCCUUCAACACAAAAUAAUGGAUGUUAUGAAGUCCGAGUUUGACGCUCACAGAGCAGACCUCCUGCAACAACAUGACGUUAAAGAAGAAGAGGAGAAUGGUUUCCUUGAUGAGCACCCUCCUAACAAUGAGAGGAGUUCUGUUUUGGAUGAGGAAGAUGUUCAGCCCCUCCAGAUCAAGAAGGAGGAAGAGAAUCCAGAGCAAACACUGGUUAAGGAGGAAGAGCAGGAAGAGCCGUGCACCAGCAUACAAGGAGAGCAGCUGCAGGGACCUAAGAUGAGAGAUCCCAGUGUAGAAACUCCAACAUCCAGGGAAAGUGAAUCUGCUCCUGAGUCUCUAAAACCUGACACCUGCAGGAAAACCUCCAGACAGAAGAAUCUCUGCAGCCCCAGAGGGAAGCAGUGCUUUUGCAAAAUUUGCGGCAAGACUCUGGCUGAGCUAAGUUUAGUUAGCCACAUGAGGAUUCACACAGGCGAGAAGCCAUUUUCAUGCAAAAGCUGUGGAAAAAGUUUCCGUCACCGUCCUUCUUUGGACCUCCAUGUAAGAACACACACCAACGAAAAGGCGCAUACUUGCAAGACGUGCGGAAAAACGUUCAGAAGAAGCGACAAACUUCUGCUCCACGCGAGAACGCAUCGCAACGAGAAGUUGUACCUCUGUAACGUCUGCGGAAAAAGCUUCACCGACCCGUCGGCUUUCAGGAGGCAUCUGACCAUCCACACGGACGAGAAACCGCACUCAUGCAAAAUAUGCGGUGAGAAGUUCAAACACUCCAAUACCUUGCUGUGCCACAAGAGGGCGCACUCGGGUGAGCGGCCGUACGUCUGCAGCUUGUGCGGGAACAAAUUUGUCAACGCCUCAAAGCUGAACAGGCACACGAAGACGCACACAGACGACAAGCCGCACGUCUGCGACUACUGCGGGAAGAGAUUCAUCCGCCUCCACCGCCUGAGGGAUCACACGAGGACUCACACGGGCGAGAAGCCAUUCAGCUGCGACACGUGUGGCAAAGCCUUCAGCUGUAACUCCUCACUGAAAGUUCACAUGAAAAUUCACACAGGUGAAACAUCACAGCCAUAAUCAAGCUGCAGUCGCCUAAACUGCAUUUCUGAAAACAUCCUUUAAGUACGAAUGUCCCAUCUAGAUGAUUUUCAAUCUAAUUUGGAAAUCUGAAAGUGAUUCAUGCAUCCUCCCAGUUUGCAGCUGGUUCUGCCCCAGUAAAUAUAAAAUCUCUAAAUGUUUUAUGUUCUGCAGUCACACACACAGCUGCCUUUUUGAUUGUUUCUGGAAUUAAAACUAGAUGGGGAAAAAUGACAUUGCUUUUAGUUGAGGCAGAUUAAAACCCGUCAGCCUUCAUGUUGGUUCAGGAGGAAAAUGUCUGUAACAGAACGAUAAAAACAGACAAGCGGUUGUGCUGCCAAAUGUGACGUUCCAGAUUAUUCACGAAUUGUUUAUGAUGUAAACAAGAACUUGGACUCGGCUUCUGUGAAAGUCCUGAAACCUCAUUGAGGUGGAAGGAAAACCCAACAUUGUCGCGAACCGGACCUUUUUUCACAGCCAAUGAAGCAGCUGAUCUUCUGUUUUAUAACCUAGAGGUAAAUCUUCACUGUAUUCAUAGUCUGCCACAAACAAAAUGUUGCUAUAGUGAUUAAUAUUUGUUUCUGAUUGGCUCAUGAAAACAAAGAUUUCAUCUCUGUAAAUAUUAAGCUUGAUGUUAAUCAUAUUACCUCAGAUUCAUUGAGCUGUGAUGGUUUUUGUAUUUAAGACUAAGUUUAAAAAAUGCUUCGUAUUCAAACAGUUUCUUGGUAGAACGAUAAAUAAAAUUAGCAUCAUGCUGUUUUGGUUGUGAAUCAAAUAGAAAAAUGAGCGAUUAUGAGCGGUCCUUCCUGAGUCUUUCUAUGUUCUGUGGUGAUCUGGAUUCAUCUUCUGAACAAAUCUCUCUCUGCCAACCAGGAGGCAUUAAGAAUCAUUACAGACACUGAAUCAUUCCUGAUAAAAUCAUGUGUGCUAAACAGUCUUUUACAGAGUGUCCCGAAACAAUUUUGAAUUAAAUAUGUUCUUAGCAACGAUUUUUGUUAUUUCAUGACCCCAACUAUGGAAGCUACAGCUCUGUGAUUGCUGUAUGUUAUAUAUGCCAAAUAAAAACUCUUAGUUUCAGCA